GCAUCCCUGCAGCUGCAGUGUCAGGUGCUUCCAGUGUCCAGGUAUCCCUGAGUGGACGUUCCCAGGAUGAUGCCACAGUUGGAUAUUUCUUCCAGAGGCAGGCUGGUGAGCAGCUGAGUGGCUACUCCAGCAAACACCGCUGGCCCACAGGAGAUAGCAUUCAUGUAGAUCAUUCGGUUCGUUCUGUGGAUGAGAUGAAUCAUGAGUUUCAAGCUCUUGCCCUAGAAUCUCGGGGAAUGGGAGAGCUUUUACCUGCCAAAAAGUUUUGGGAACCUGAUGAUUCAGCAAAAGAUGGGCAAAAAGGCAUAUUCCUUGGUGAUGAGUGGAGAGAGACUGCAUGGGGAACUCCUCACCAUUCUAUGUCCCAACCUAUUAUGGUACAGAGAAAACCUGGACAGGGUUUUCAUGGAAACAGUGAAGUAAAUGCAGUAUUGUCUCCACGAUCAGAAAGUGGUGGCCUUGGAGUGAGCAUGGUAGAAUAUGUGUUAAGUUCUUCUCCAGCUGACAAAUUGGAUUCCCGGUUUAGGAAAGGAGCUUUUGGCACUAGAGAUGCUGAAACAGAUGGACCUGAGAAAGGAGAUCAGAAAGGCAAGGCUUCUCCGUUUGAGGAGGACAAAAACAGAGAUCUUAAACAAGGAGAUGAUGAGGAUGUUACUAAAAUAAAUGGCAGAGGUUUGCCAAAUGGAAUGGAUGCGGAUUGCAAAGAUUUUAAUCGUACCCCUGGAAGUCGACAGGCCUCCCCCACAGAAGUAGCUGAGCGCUUGGGUCCCAAUCCUAGCACCACGGAAGGAUUAGGUCCACUUCCCAAUCCUACAGCCCACAAGCCUCUGGUAGAAGAAUUUUCAAACCCAGAAAAUCAGAAUCUGGAUGCCAUGGAACAAGUUGGUCUUGAUUCUCUACAAUUUGAUUAUCCUGGCAAUCAGGUACAAAUGGACUCUUCAGGAGCUACUGUAGGACUUUUUGACUACAAUUCUCAACAGCAGCUUUUCCAGAGGACUAAUGCUCUGACUGUUCAGCAGUUAACAGCAGCCCAGCAGCAGCAAUAUGCACUGGCUGCAGCUCAGCAGCCACAUAUAGCAGGCGUAUUCUCAGCAGGCUUGGCUCCAGCUGCCUUUGUGCCAAACCCCUACAUUAUCAGUGCUGCUCCUCCAGGUACUGACCCGUAUACUGCAGCUGGAUUAGCUGCAGCAGCCACCCUAGCAGGUCCUGCUGUGGUUCCUCCUCAGUAUUAUGGUGUUCCGUGGGGGGUGUAUCCAGCCAAUUUAUUUCAGCAGCAAGCUGCAGCAGCAAAUACCACAGCAAAUCAGCAAGCGGCAUCCCAGGCACAACAGGGACAGCAGCCGGUUCUACGUGCUGGAGCAGCUCAACGCCCCCUUACUCCCAAUCAGAGUCAGCAAGGGCAACAGGCAGAGUCACUUGCAGCAGCUGCAGCAGCAAAUCCAGCUUUGGCUUUUGGUCAGGGUCUUGCUACAGGCAUGCCAGGCUAUCAAGUACUAGCUCCCACUGCCUAUUACGAUCAGACUGGUGCCUUAGUCGUAGGCCCUGGAGCAAGAACUGGCCUUGGAGCACCAGUCAGGUUGGUGGCCUCAACUCCUGUCAUAAUCAGCUCUGCAGCAGCACAAGCAGCUGCAGCUGCCUCAGCUGGAGGAACGGCCAACAACCUCGCGGGAGCCACGAACGGCCUCUUCCGGCCCCUGGGCGCCCAGCCCCAGCAGCAGCAGCAGCAAACAAACAGCAGCCUGCAGUCCAAUUCAUUCUAUGGCAGUAACUCUUUGACCAAUAACUCCCAGAGCAGUUCCCUCUUUUCCCAUGGCCCUGGCCAACCAGGAAACACCUCUCUUGGCUUUGGAAGUAGCAGCUCUCUAGGAGCAGCUAUUGGCUCUGCGCUCGGCGGAUUUGGCUCCUCAGUUGGCAGUCCUGCAAGUAGUAGUGCCACAAGGAGAGAGUCUCUAUCUACUAGCUCUGACUUGUACAAAAGAUCUAGUAGCAGCCUAGCACCCAUAGGGCAGCCAUUUUACAAUAGUCUGGGAUUUUCCUCCUCUCCAAGUCCAAUAGGCAUGCCUCUGCCAAGCCAAACUCCAGGACAUUCACUUACGCCACCGCCAUCACUUUCAUCACAUGGAUCCUCAUCCAGUUUGCAUUUAGGAGGACUGACAAAUGGUAGUGGUCGCUAUAUUUCUGCAGCACCUGGAGCAGAAGCAAAGUAUCGCAGUGCAGCAAGUACCUCCAGUCUCUUUAGCUCCACCAGUCAGCUCUUCCCUCCUUCACGUCUCCGUUACAGUAGGUCUGAUAUUAUGCCCUCUGGACGCAGCCGAUUACUCGAAGAUUUCAGAAAUAAUCGUUUCCCUAACCUUCAGCUAAGAGACCUUGUUGGACAUAUUGUUGAAUUUUCCCAAGACCAGCAUGGUUCUAGGUUUAUACAGCAAAAGCUAGAGAGAGCUACUCCAGCUGAGCGCCAGAUGGUAUUUAAUGAGAUUCUGCAAGCAGCCUAUCAGUUGAUGACUGAUGUGUUUGGAAACUAUGUAAUACAGAAGUUCUUUGAGGUAAACAUAACACUUCAGGUGCAUGAACAGAAAUCCAUAUGA